AUGUUCUCUGCUGCACGUACGUACACACGCGGGUUCCACACCUCGACGCCUGCGCUCCUCAAAAGACCAUGGAAAACGUACAAGGACGGAACGCUGUUCUACGGGCAGUCGAAGGCCGGUAACAAGCGGUUGGCGUUGUCGACGAAGCAGGGGAACAAGAACUUCUACAAGGGAACGCGGUCGUCCGGUAUCGGACACAUCUCGAACAAGGGGAAGUACACGAUCGACUACCAGCGGGUGCGGACGUUUGUGACGCCGGCAGACAUGGCGACGCCGCUCAAGCCGCUUGUCUCUGCAAGCGUGCCGGUGCCUAAGAACACCUUCAAGGGCUACACGGGCAUCACGGACGGGCGUCUGUGGCUCGACAACGUCAAGGAGUACAUCGAGACGGGCGACGUGGAGUUCGAGAAGACGAAGACGGGCGUCGAGAAGUACUGA